CAUAAAGUAAGACUCGGCCUACAGUUGACAUGAUAAAGCUGCUGGCGCAUGACCAAUAGAAGGAUACAACAUAGCCAUGACCUCGAUACGCACAUUCGAAACGGCCGAACACAACCCUCAGACCACGCCAGUCGAGGAUGCAAAGCGGCUCGCAGCAUCAGAAAUCCGAAUCGAAAUCGCCGAAGAGAAAGACGCUCGUAGAAUCGCUGAAGGUCUCUACGUCUGCUACCCCGACACCUCAAUCGACGCAAUAGAGCCACCUCGCCUCCGCGCCCCAAAUUACAAAGAAGUCCGCGUCCAGCGCCUCGCAAAAAGAUUCCAGCCCACCCUCGCUCAGCCCGGUAUUACAUGGAUCAAAGCCGUCCACGUCCCCACAAACACCAUCAUCGGCACCGCCUGCUGGACCGGCCCCAGUGCUCCCAUUGUGUGCCCCAACCGGCGCGAUGCUUUCACGUUCUACGGCUGGCGAGAGAAACUAGGCUGGUCAGAUGCUGAGAUCGACGAGCUGUUUGCGCAUGUUGAUCAUGAUGCGUGGAGUGGCCGGCAUGAGCGGGAUGACGCGGUCAAGAAAGAGUUGCUAGCGGGUGAGCCGCAUUGGUACUUGAGCUUGCUUUUGACGUGGCCGGAGUGGCAGGGGAAGGGCGUUGCGAGGAGGUUGCUCAAUUGGGGGAUUGAGAGGGCUGAUAUGGAGUGUCCGCCGACGGCUAUGUAUUUAGAGACGAGUGCAAAGGCGAGGAAGAUUUAUGAGCAUGUUGGGUUUGUGCAGCAGGGCGAGGGGAAGGUGUACAUCAGGAGAGGGCCAACGGUUGCGCAGGAGGUAAGUGAGGACGCGUGAGCAGCGCAAGAAGGGAUGGACCAAGGCUGAGCAAGGCUGAGCAAGGCUGAACAGAGCAAUGUGAAGAUUGUGACGAUGAAAUCAGAUACAGAGCGAUUUCUUUCAGUUCGAAUCGAUGGCAAAUGGAAGAUGGACGGUCACUCGCCCGUGGCAUCUUCUUGC